AGAAUUAUGUUAAAAAAACAUACGUAUUUGUUUACAAAACAUUUUUUUAAAUAAAUUCAUAUUUAUGAUAUUUAAUUAUUAUACAACUUAAACGAUGUCUACAAAUCUAUCUAUUAAUCUAAAAAGAGUUAGCAAAGUUUACAAUGAAGGUGAAACUAUAGCCGGCGUGGUUGUGGUUGAGAGCACCGGUGACUUGCGACAUGAAGGUCUGACACUAGCCAUGGAAGGGUUCGUAAAUCUGCAGCUUAGUACCAAGAAUGUAGGCAUAUUUGAAGCUUUCUCCAAUAGUAUCAAGCCAAUAAAUUUAAUAAACACAUCAAUGGAACUAGUGCCACCAGGCAAGAUACCAGUGGGUAUUACAGAGAUACCAUUUGAGGUGCCUCUUCGAGCCCGUCAGGCGGUCUCCCCGGGGUAUCCAGGCCUGUUGGAGACAUAUCAUGGAGUGUUUGUGAAUGUUAUGUAUGUACUCAAAUGCAACAUGAAGAGAUCAUUUUUAAAUAAACCUGUAAAUGCUAGCUGCCAGUUCUUUGUACAACAUAAACAACAAGAGCCAGCGCCAUUGAAGCCAGUUCGUUGUGAGAUAACACCAUCUACAAUACGAGCGUCCAGCACCAGCAGUGGAGGCCGCGCGACGAUGCCACAGUUUCAGAUCUAUGCAGAAAUUGAUACCACAGUUUGUCCAUUGGACAAGCCAUUGACUGGGAAGAUUCGGGUAGACGAAUGUUCUGUGCCCAUCAAGUCUAUAGAGCUGCAACUGGUGCGCGUAGAGACAUGCGGCUGUGCUGAAGGAUACUCUAGAGACGCAACAGAAAUUCAGAACAUCCAGAUAGGCGACGGGGACGUGCGGCGCGGCCGCGACGUGCCGCUGUAUAUGGUGCUGCCGCGACUGUUCACCUGCCCCACCACCACUACUGUCAACUUCAAAAUCGAAUUUGAAUUAAAUAUUGCUGUGAUAUUCGAAGAUGACUACUUGGUGACAGAAAAUUUUCCAAUUCUCUUAUUACGAAGCAGAUAAAAAAUAUAAAUGUUUUAAGUAGGAUAUAAAUUUAAUAUAAAACAUGUAAUGAUUGCUAUUUAAAUAUAUAAAAUUAUGCGUGAUACAAUGUUUUUCCAAUACAAAUUGUAUAUA